AUGAGUUCUGCUUAUCAUCCUCAGUCGGAUGGCCAAACAGAGGUGUUGAAUAAGACACUAGAGAUGUACUUGAGAUAUUUUGUGUUUGAUCAUCCUAAAACUUGGUUUGAGAUGCUUCCUUGGGCUCAACUUUGGUACAACACUUCCUUUCAUCACAACAUUGGUAUGUCUCCCUUUAAGGCUGUUUAUGGUAGGGAUCCACCAUCUGUUAUUCCUUAUGAAUUGGGUGAAAGUGGUCCAAUGGUUCAACCCAUAGCAGUAUUGGAUUCAAGGGUGUUAUUGAGAGACUCUUCUCAAGUGGAACAAGUGUUGAUUCAAUGGGAAAUUGCUGGUCCUGAGGAAGCUACAUGGGAGGAUGUGACUUGGGUUAAGGCAAGUUAUCCUCACUUCAACCUUGAGGACAAGGUUGUUUAUAAAGGGGAGGGUAAUGUAACAUGUGGGAAGCAGGAAGGAAAAUUGGUCAUGUUGAUGGUGAACACUCUUCCUGAUUGCUUCUCUGAUCCUUCUGAUAUUUCCUUCUUCUCUAUACCUUCUCUGAACCUUUCUGCUCUCCCUAAUCUUCAGGUUCAAAGGAUAAAUAGUGCAUAUUUCCUAAAAGUUAAUGCAAUUUACCAACAGAUGAAUAGAAAACUUCAACAGCUUGAGUCUUCUCCUCAAGAACCAAACACAUUGGAAAGAAUAAGAUUCAGUAUGAAAGUAUUAGAAAAUCUUUUGGCACUCUUAAGUGUGAAUAAAUUCCAGAUUACCACUAAAUUCAAGGAGAAACUAGAUAAAGUAGAAAAGUUUAUACUACGUAACUUUUUCUCAAAGAAUGUUUCUUCACGUUCUCAAGGACAACAACCUUUAGCUGAUGUGCAAUCCAGGCAACAAUCUGAUCCAUCACAUUCUAGUAUUUCUCCAUCGAAAAUACUUGAAACAAAAACAUCACCACAAUCAUUGGGGACACAAAACUAUCAUAUGAUGAUGAAUCUUUCUCGGCAAAAGAAUAUGUGUUUGCAAGAGCAGCAAGUGGCAAAAGAAUAUAGAAAUUCACAACAGUCUGGUCCAUCACAUUCUUGUAUUUGCCUAGUGAAAAUACUUGAAACGAAACCAUUACCACAAUCAUUGGCAACACAAAACUAUCAUAUGAUGAAGGAUGUUUCUCAAAAAAAGAAGAUGUAUUUACAAGAGCAGCAAGUGGCCAAACAAUAUAGCAAUUCACAACAGUCUGGUCCAUCACAUUCUAAUAUUUGCCCAGUGAAAAUACUUGAAACGAAACCAUCACCACAAUCAUUGGGAACACAGAACUAUCAUAUGGUGAAGGAUGUUUCUCAGCAAAAGAAGAUGUGUUUACAAGAGCAGCAAGUGGCCAAACAAUAUAGCAACUCACAACAGUCAGGUCCAUCACAUUCUAGUAUUUGCCCAGUGAAAAUACUUGAAACAAAACCAUCACAACAAUCAUUGGGAACACAGAACUAUCAUCUGAUGAAGGAUGUUUCUCAGCAAAAGAAGAUGUGUUUACAAGUGCAGCAAGUGGCCAAACAAUAUAGCAAUUCAGAACAGUCAGCUUCACCCUUGAUUGAAAACAGCAAUAUGCUUAAAGAAAUUUCCUGUAAACCUACACUCACUUCUGAUGAGCCGAGUGCUGCAAUGCAAUGCUUUCUUAAAGUGUUAACCUCCAGUUCACCUGAAGCAUUAAAUGCAUCGCUUGGUGAAAUUAGAAAGGUAGUCCAUUUGAAUGAUGUGAUACCAAGUUCAGAAUUGAUAAAUGGACUAGGGACAAAUUUAGCAUCGGAUAUUGAGCCAUUUUCACAAGAUAGAUACAUCACUUGCAAUGGUUUUGUUCCAAGGGGAAGGAAGAGGUCUCGCAGCAUGAUUUCAAUGACUGCCUUUGGCACUUCUAGUAUUUAUACUAGUUCAUGUGACAGUAACCAGUUGACUGAUGCUGAGAAACCUGACUUGACUUUAGUCACAUCUACAAUAAAGCAUCCUAGAAUUGUGGAAAAAUGUUCUCUCUUAGAAGAAAUAAAGGAGAUAAAUAAACUAUUGAUAGACAAUGAGAUAGUUAUUGGAGAAAAAGACAGCAUUCAAAGUGCAGCUGGAGGAGCUGCUGAAGACGCUGAAGGAUUGGUUAUUAAAUUCUUUUUCAAUGUAGUAACUUGCAAUCAGAACCUAAUAUCCCAUCUCUCUGCUGAUAAAAAGUCAAUAAUCAAACCGUUGUGGUUGCUUGUUCCCGAAAGUUAUUCAUUUUGCCCACCUGUUGUUUUAGACAAAAUGCCGUUGGAAGUAUUAAAGAUAUAA